GCACGCACAGCGGGGACGCCGCAGCCAGCUGCCGGCGAUGAAGCGCUUCUUCCAGCCCGUGCCCAAGGAUGGCUCCCCGGCGAAGAAGAGGCCCGCCUCCUCCUCCGACUCCGGCGACGCCCCCGCCCCCGUCCCCGGCCCGGCCGCCGGCGCCGCCGUCGGGGAGGGGGAUUCUCCCUCUCGCCGCGAGGAGCAGCCCCGGAGGUUCGUGACGUGGAACGCCAACAGCCUGCUCCUCCGGAUGAAGAGCGACUGGCCGGCCUUCUGCCAGUUCGUCUCCCGCGUCGACCCCGACGUCAUCUGCAUCCAGGAAGUACGGAUGCCAGCAGCUGGUUCCAAGGGGGCACCAAAAAAUCCUAGUCAACUGAAAGAUGACACAAGCUCAUCACGAGACGAAAAACAGGUAGUGCUGCGUGCUUUGUCAACUCCACCUUUUAAAGACUAUCGUGUCUGGUGGUCUCUUUCAGACUCCAAAUAUGCAGGAACAGCUAUGAUUAUAAAGAAGAAGUUUGAACCGAAGAAAGUGUCAUUCAACUUGGAUAGAACAUCUUCCAAGCAUGAAACAGAUGGUCGUGUCAUUAUUGCAGAAUUUGACUCGUUCCUCUUGCUGAACACUUAUGCUCCAAAUAAUGGAUGGAAAGAAGAGGAAAAUUCAUUUCAAAGAAGACGGAAAUGGGAUAAAAGAAUGUUGGAGUUUGUUCAACAAGUAGACAAACCCUUAAUCUGGUGUGGGGACUUGAAUGUCAGUCAUGAAGAAAUCGAUGUCAGCCAUCCUGAUUUUUUUAGUAGUGCUAAGCUCAAUGGAUACAUCCCUCCUAGUAAAGAGGACUGUGGACAGCCAGGUUUCACCCCAUCAGAGAGGCGGCGCUUUGGCAAUAUAUUGUCCCAAGGAAAGCUGGUAGAUGCUUACAGAUAUCUGCACAAAGAAAAGGACAUGGAUUGUGGCUUUUCUUGGUCUGGCCAUCCAAUUGGCAAGUACCGAGGAAAGAGAAUGCGAAUUGACUAUUUCAUUGUUUCAGAAAAGUUGAAGGACCGAAUAGUUUCAUGUGAAAUUCAUGGUCGUGGAAUAGAACUAGAAGGAUUUUAUGGAAGUGAUCACUGCCCCGUUUCACUUGAGCUCUCGGAAGAAGCAGAAGCACCAGAACCCAAGAGCUCCAACUAACUUCUAUGUUUCGUGCUUAACCAGACAUCCUGGAGAAUUUAGAUUAGCUUGUAUCUCUUGAGUCAUUAUCCAUUAUUCAAGCAUUAUCCAAGUCUAGCAGUGUUUCUGUUUAUGAAAUGCACGAUCUAGCUAGGAUCCUGAUUGUAGUUAUAUUGUUAUGGUCAGCUAUGCUAUCUUAGAAGAUCAGAAAUUCUGCCAUUUGUUCCCAUGUUUUCAAUCGGAAGAAAAACAAUAUAGGCAGGCUAAUUCUGAUGCGCAGGUAGACGAUGUUUUAGAACUGUAACAUAUGGAGUUAAACCACUACUACAUGACUGUAGAUUUGUCAUUUAAUAUGACUCAAUCGGGAAAACGUGCAGAAAUUAUAAAAUUAUAUCCAAAAAAAU